AUGGCGUUCUCGCUCCCCGAAUCCAAUACCUCUCUGACCUAUACGCAACCUUGUUCUCAACCACACCUUACACAUACACCCAUACCUACGACAGGUCCACAGGAGGUGCUGGUGAAGAUCAAAGCCGCGGCUAUCAAUCCAGUAGACAUCCAAUUAUGGGGAAAUCCCAUAAUUGGCUGGCUAGCAGGUGGGAAAGAAAAAGGAAUAGGACGAGACUACUCGGGUGAGAUUGUUGCCUUGGGCGAAGAAGCAAGAAAGAGUGGGAAAUGGGAGGUUGGAGACGAAGUUUUCGGACUGUGUAAUCGACCUAUGGCGGAAGGAACAUUUACACAAUAUCUUUGUAUCAAUCCAACCUCCGAGCCUAUUGCAAAGAAACCUAGUACUCUUUCUCACCACGAAGCCGCCGCUAUACCUCUCGUUGUCUUGACCGCAUUCGCUUGUCUCGAUUGGCUCCCGUCUCUGUCCAGAUCCUCAUCCCCCUCGCAACGCCGUGUCAUUGUUUCAGGAGCAAGCGGUGGUGUAGGAAUGUGGUGUGUACAGCUAGCGAAGAAACUCUACUCUUGCCAUGUCAUUGGAAUCUGCUCGGGCCCCAAUGCAGAUUUUGUGAGCAAACUGGGCGCAGAUGAGGUGAUUGACUAUCGCACGCAAGAUGUACCCAACUCCCUGCUUUCUAAACGGCCUGGUGGUACCAAGUACGAUUUGUACAUUGAUUGUGUGGGUGGCACGGAGAUGUUCGAGCAUUGGAAGCAACUCCUUCAUCCCUCUGGCGCGUACAUAACUAUCGUUGGGGACAAAACUUCAAGAACCGCCAUGGGCGGACCAUUGACGUACUUUACCUAUCCGUCACAGGUUGCAAGGCAUAUUCAGGGCUAUUUGUUUGGCCCGCGGUAUGCAAACGUUAUUUUAUAUCAGAAGAGCGAGUUGUUAGAGCAGGUGAGGGAGUUGGCGGAGAAGGGUGAUGUGCAGGUUGUGGUCCAGGAUGUCAUUGAGGGUAUCCUGACGCAAGAAAAGCAUGCUGAGGCUUGGGAAAAGACCAAGGACUACAUGGUGGAAGGACGAGUCAAGGGGAAGAUUGUUAUUGAUAUUGCGUAA